CUUCUUUAUAAUUUGCAUUGUUUCAGCAAGAACACUAUCGGACAGUAUGAAUGCCACGGUGCCUUCGCUCUGCCUGGACUCUACCAAGUUGUUCACGGGAUUGAUGUCUUCGAUCACAAGUUUGACAUUGUCUCGCCAGGAUCGGAUAUGGCUAUUUAUUUCCCGUAUUCAGAGGACAAAAGACGGCUCACCACUCUCCAUCCUGAAAUUGAGGAGCUUCUUUACGGUCCUGUUCAGAACACAGAAUACAUGUGCAUGUUAAAUGACCGGAACAAGCCAAUUAUAUUUUCAAUGGCGAGGCUGGACCAUGUUAAGAACCUUACUGGACUUAUUGAGUGGUAUGGGAAGAAUACCCACCUCAGGGAACUGGUUAACCUUGUAGUGGUGGCUGGUGACCAUGGGAAAGAUUCAAACGACACAGAGGAGCAAGCUGAGAUGAAGAAAAUGAAGUCUUUGAUUGCAACAUAUAACUUGAAUGGUCAGUUCCGAUGGAUUUCAGCCCAAAUGAAUACGGUGCACAAUGGUGAGCUCUACCGUUACAUUGCAGAUACGAGGGGUGCUUUUGUACAGCCUGCCUUGUAUGAAGCUUUUGGGCCUACGGUCAUUGAAGCCAUGACUUGUGGUCUGCCCACUUUCGCGACAAAUAAUGGAUGGCCUGCCGAGAUUAUAGUACACGGUGUUUCAGGCUUCCAUAUUGAUCCCUACCAAGGUGAUAAAGCUGCUGAGCUUCUCGUUGACUUCUUCACAGAAUGCAAGAAAGAUCCGUCCCACUGGGAUAGAGUCUCUCAGGAAGGUCUAAAGCGCAUUAAUGAAAAGUACACGUGGAAGACCUAUUCCGAGAGGUUGAUGACAUUGACUGGUGUUUAUGGCUUCUGGAAGUAUGUCUUGAAGCAUAAGAGUUAUCUGGAUCUCUCCUCACAUCGUGGUUCGUAUCAAACUUCCUCCAACACAACAAUGGCUGAGAUCGCUAUGGGCCACCAUAUCAUCAAUGUCCAAGAGGACGACAUGGACAUGUUGGUUGCAGCGGUGCCUACGUUGGUUGGAGAAACUCUAGUGUGGAAGGAUGUGUUAAUGGUAGUGGUCCCUUCAAUUACAGUUUCUGCUAUUGGGUUGCUUGAUCUUUCUGAUGGGGUUUAUGUGGAUCCAUCCCAUGAAAUUCUCUCCAAAGCCUACACCUUUGCGGUUUUCACGACCUUUACAUUGGCGAUGGGACUACUUCCGCUCUCAGCAACACUUCCACGGGUGCCUGUAUCAGUUGCUAUGGUCAAGAAGCUGAUGUGGGUAGCUGUUGCACUGGUCUACAUUGCACUUGCCCUUAAAGCAGCUCUUCUUAUUUUAUCAUGAUUUCGUCGCUGCUGUUGCUGCGGCUGCUGAUGCUGCUUCCGUUGGUAUGGCUGUUGUUGUGGUCGUCUCUGUCUUGCCCUUUCCACAUCCAAAACAAAUUUUGGUAUAAGCUUUUGGCAUGUUCUGCUAGAAGUAACCCCAUCAGGUGGUGGUGGUGGUGGUUGCUGCCGUUGGUGUUGUCAAAUUCUUGUCUUUUUUAUGGGGCCCAGUCUUUUAGGGCCCGUUUGUAUACCACCUAGUAAGAUACGUUUUUCUGCUUACAGCUGUAGAUAAGUGACUUCUUUCAUAUCAAUAAGUUUGGUUUGUAAUUAGUUAUAAGCAACUUUUUUAGAUAA